UGAGAAUAUAUUCAUUACAAUGGCUUCUGCCAGGAGGAACGUCGAGGUUCCCCCAGUCCCCGCGGGACGGGCUGCUCCUCGUACUAAACAACGUCCUCCGCCGCCGCCGUUCUACAUUCCCUUAAACAUCACCCUCUAUGUGUGUCUUAUUUCAAACGGAAUCGCUGCUUUCCUUGCGCCAAUUCAGGAUUGCGAUGAAGUGUUUAAUUUCUGGGAACCCGCGCAUUACCUGGAUCAUGGAUACGGCCUGCAGACGUGGGAGUACUCGCCUGUCUACUCCAUCCGCAGCUGGCUCUACGUUACCAUCCAUGCCUUCGUCGGGAAAGUCAGUUCGUUGGUGGUCGGCUCGAAAAGGGCGGAGUUCUAUGCCAUCCGAGUCUUCCUGGCCCUGUUCUGCGCGGCCUGUCAAACCCGGUUAUAUUCCGCCAUCUGUCGAACGCUGAGCCCCCGCAUCGGCCUGCUCUUUCUCAUGGUGAUCGCAUUCAGCCCGGGCAUGUUCCACGCGUCGGCCUCGUUUCUUCCGUCCAGUUUCACCAUGUACAUGUCCAUGCUCGGUCUGACGGCCUUUUUGGAUUGGAGAUCCGGUCAGAAAACGGCUCAGGGAAUCAUGUGGUUUGGUCUGGGUGCGAUUGUGGGUUGGCCGUUUGCCGGAGCGCUGAUCGUUCCUCUACUGUUGGAAGAAAUCGCUAUCGGUUUUAUUUCGGGGUCCUUGCGCACGGUGUUUGCCAGCAUCCUCAACGGAGCCUUGAGAUGUCUGGCGAUUCUAGCUGUGGAAAUCGGCGUUGACUACGCUUUUCUGCGGAAGUUUGCUAUCGUGCCCUGGAAUAUCGUCGCCUACAAUAUCUUCGGAGGAGAGGGUCGUGGCCCGGAAAUCUUCGGGACUGAGCCCUGGACGUUCUAUAUCCGGAACUUGUUGCUUAAUUUCAACGUUUGGUUUGUCUUUGCCAUUUCGGCGGCGCCGCUCCUUUUCUUCCAGGCCGUCUUCCGACAGCAGACGACCAGCAAAGAGACCCUGUGGCGCACCGUCACGCUCAUCACGCCCUUCUAUAUGUGGUUUGCGAUCUUCACUGUGCAACCCCACAAGGAAGAGCGAUUCAUGUAUCCCGCAUAUCCUUUCCUCGCGCUCAAUGCGUCCAUCUCCUUCCACAUGAUUCUGUCCUAUGUAGGGUCUGGUAACCCUCGAGAGAUCAUGGGACGGAUCCCUGCCAAACUGAAGCUGGCUGCCGUCAUGGCCGUGGUCCUUGCCGCCAUCAACGCCGGCCUGUUGCGAACCGUCGGCAUGAUCACCGCCUACAACGCUCCUCUGAAGGUAUUUGCGCCGCUGGAGCAACCCGGCGUUGCUCACGCGGGUGAUUCGGUGUGUUUCGGCAAGGAGUGGUAUCGAUUCCCAUCGUCCUUCUUUCUGCCCGAGGGGAUGCGCGCGAACUUUAUCCGCAGCGAAUUCCGUGGGUUGCUUCCUGGGCAGUUUCCUGACGCGGCGAAUGUGGCUUCGCUGCUGGAGGGAACGUCGCAAAUUCCCGAGGGCAUGAACGAUCUCAACAAGGAAGAUCCUAGCAAAUAUGUGGACCUGUCGCAAUGUUCCUUCCUCGUCGACUCGUCCUUCCCGGGACAAUCGAUCACGCAGCUCGAACCCGACUAUGUGCACGACGAAGCGCACUGGGAGCGUCUCUCAUGCAAGGACUUCCUGGAUACGUCACAGACCGGACUACUCGGGCGGUUGAUCUGGAUCCCCGACUUGCCGAUCAUCCCGGAUCAAUUCCGCCGCAAAUGGGGCCAGUACUGUCUGCUCCGGCGCCGCAGCGACAAUUCUGCGACCAUACAAUCCAAGUGUGGUCGACAUCCCGCGGAUUACCCCGGGUUGGAGAUCCCUUGCGCCCUCGCAGUCCUUCUUCUGGGCGGCAUGCGGGCUUUUCCUAUUCGAGAUAAGAAAUCCUGGUGUCACGUCAGUCGCGAGAUAAGCCUUCCACUUGCUUUCCCCAUUGGAUCGCCGCCGGGAUCAUCCUUCUCGGAGAGCCCGAAACGGAUAACAAUCAUGUCUCAACUGGCCCAUCUUCGCAUCGGUCCUUAUCGUAUACAAGACGUCUCCGCUAUUCUGCUUCUCGCCACCAUCAGCGCCUAUCUCGUCGCUCAUUUCUUUCGGCAGAAGUUCAAGUCAUACUCCAGGCCGUCCACGCCGGAUCUCGAGCACAAGUCUUCCGUUCAGGCGAGAGGCUGGAAGGCCGAGAGGAAACCGGGAGAAUGGACCCCCUCAGACUUCAAGCGUCCGCCUGCAUCCCCAUACCCAGACUGGGAUGUCCACACCACCAAGCCGAUCCCAUAUCGUCCAUUUAGAUAUGGGCCAAAGUAUUUUAUCACUAUGGGCUUGAGAAGUAUGGAUUGGGACGAAUGGAUCGAGCUCGACAAUCACUAUCUCCGCUACCACGCCGACAAAGCCCAACGCAUCAAAGACCGGGGCGAGAAAUGCUGCCGCACCGCCCCCGAGGCAAUGGAUGCAGCGAUCGAGCUGUUGGAGGAACUAACAUCCUACCUCCCCCAACGCUACCCCACCCUCUUCCACAAAACCCCCACCGGCCUCACCAACCUCCUCACCCACGAAACCUUCGACAUCACCACCCGCCCCCUCCCCGAAGACCCCAUGACCACCGCCGCGCGCCUCAUCCAAGACGACAUCGCCAUCAUGAUCGAGCGCCCGGACGGCGACUACUACCUGCUCGCCGGUUGCGUCCUCCUCGCCGGCUUCUGGCGCCUCAGCGACAAAUACGGCAUGCGGCUGUCUGAAAUCCACACUUCCGGCAACGUCCCCGGCUACAAAACCAAACUCGAAAAAGGCAUGCUGAAUUUCUUCCGCCGCAUCAAGCCCCACGACCCCGUCGUGCGCAACAACUACUUCAUCCAAGUCGAUAACGAACUCCCUUGGUCGAGCAGUAUCGGCUCCGAAGAUUCCAAAGAAGUAUCGUGGAACACAGCGCAGAAGAACAAGGCCAUCGAGCACCACUUUUUCCGCUCCGAGAGGCAGUCCCUGCGCCGGUUGCCAAGGUCAGGGGGCGUCGUGUUCACGAUCAGGACGUAUUUCGAGCCGGUGGUCGCCGUCGCGGAGGAGGACUAUGUCCCUGGGCGCUUGGCGAGUGCGAUUCGGAGCUGGGGCGACGAUGUAGCGGUUUAUAAAGGUCGGGAGAGGUAUGGGGAGGUGCUGUUGGAGUUUUUGGAUCGGAAGCAUGAGGAACAGGUGGCGAGGGGGUUGGAUGUUGAUGGGGAGGAGGAGGUCAGGAAGUAUCCCUUUUGAGUUUAUUGCUUUCUCUAUCUGUGUCUCUAUUUAGGUGGGUGGGCAUAUUGCUUGAUUAUUAGGUAUAUCAGGGUAAAU